CAAAUUUUCUUUACAUUUAUUUAUUUUUCUGAAGCUUGUAGCCCGGUUGACAAAAUCAUUGGAGGUUAUGAAUGUCCUCCAAACUCACAGCCCUGGCAGAUCUACAUUACUAAUGAUGGGCAACGCUGGUGUGGAGCAUCUCUGAUUAACGAGAGCUGGGCCGUUUCUGCUGCUCACUGCAACAUUGGAGCUAAUCUUCUUACUGUCUACCUGGGAAAGCACAACAUAGAUGUUGUAGAAAAAACAGAGCAGCGGAUCAGGACCGAGAAAGUGUUUCCUCACCCAGAAUUUAAAUUUCCUUCAGAGGACAAUGACAUCAUGCUGAUCAAGCUGAAAGACCCUGCAGUGUUCAACCAGUAUGUUCAGCCGAUUCCUCUGGCGACCAGCUGUUCUUCUGAAGGAGAGCAGUGCUUGGUUUCUGGAUGGGGCUACACUGAAGUUGGUUUACCUUCUGUGCUGCAGUGUUUGGAUUUGGCUGUACAGUCGAGACAGGAGUGUGAGCGUGUGUAUAAAGAUAAGUUUACUCAGAACAUGCUCUGUGCUGGAUUCAUGGAGGGAGGAAAAGGCGUUUGUCAUGGUGACUCUGGUGGUCCGCUUGUGUGCAAUGGUGAACUACGAGGAGUUGUUUCGUGGGGUGCAGGCUGUGCUGAACCAGGAUAUCCUGCAGUUUAUGUUGAGGUCUGCCGUUACAGUGACUGGAUCGCAACCACCAUCGCAAAUAACUAACUGUUUGUUCAGCUCAUUUGGGCCUUCUGAAAGUAUCUUUGAUUAAACAGCUUUCUCAGCCUGCAACAAAACAAAAGUAUUUCUGUUCUUAUUUUAUAUGGACAACAGUUGCUAUAAUAUAAAAUAUGUUUCUUGGGGCUACUACUGUGGUUUAAAAGAAAAACCUGAAUAUUUUGAGAUAUCUCGCUGCUUCUGCACAGACUAGGCUAAUAGCAUUGUAGCUAACUAACUAUUUGUUUUUGCCUGGGUUUAAUGUAAUCCUAAAAUAUUUUAAAUUAAAUUCAGCUUGAAACUUG